AUGGCCGCAGAGGUGAGUAAUAAUACGACAGCAAGCUCCAGCCCUACACCGCAGUGUCCAGCUUUCUCCGAACCGUACAUGGAGCAAGUUCUCAAGUGUGUUGCCUACUCAAUCAUAUUGUUCUGUUCUCUCGUUGGAAAUGUGCUUGUUAUUUGCGUGGUUCUUCUAAACAGGCAUAUGCGAACUGUUACAAAUUACCUUAUAGUCAAUAUGGCCGUAGCAGACCUACUCAACACGGCAUUCAACAUGCCUAUAACCAUUUCAGUGAUCUCGGGCAGCCAAAUCGAAUGGUCUGAAAGCGUCGCUGCAGAAAUUUUAUGCAAGUUCAUCCCCUUUAGCCAGUCUCUCUCCAUUGCAAGCUCGGUGUUCAGCUUGACAGCGAUAGCUGUUGACCGUUUUCUAGCGGUUAUGUAUCCUUUAAAACACUACAUCAGUUUCCAUGCAGCCUAUGUCCUCAUUGUGGUCGUCUGGAUUGUAGGGAUUGCUGUCAACUCUCCGUUUCUGUACGCACAAAAAAUUAUCGUGUCAGAAGAAGACGGGGUCAGAAUUUCAUACUGCGAAGAAAUUUGGACCCCAGUUUUCGGAGAAAAUGCGGCUAAAGACUUCACCAUUGUUUUAUUUGUAUUGCUUUACGCAGUUCCACUUCUGACAAUGUCUGUUCUAUACAGUUUUGUGGUUUACAAACUUUGGGUUAGAAAAGAGCUUGGGAAUCAAACGACCGAGAACCAACUCCGCGCCGAGAAAUCCAGAAAGAAAGUUCUCAAGAUGCUAAUAGUAGUUGUGACUCUGUUUGCUCUGUGCUGGCUCCCAAUAUAUAUUAUCCAGUUUAUUCGGUUUUUUGGGUUCGAGAGGUUUCCCUGUGGACCUCCGCCUGUUUUUGCUUUUCUUGCCUACUUCUUGGGUCAUACAAACAGCGUUUUAAAUCCCGCCAUUUACGUGAUAUUCAGCAGCAAUUUUAGAAAGGGUUUUAGGGACGUUCUCCUUUGCCGAUUUCGUCGUAGCAAUAGUCCAACAAACCUUGCGCGGUACGAAUGGUACCGCCUUCGGCGCAGAUAA